GAAGAAAGCAAAACAAAGCAAAGCAAAGCUGGUAAUAAUGGUUGUUGGGGGAGGACUGAGGAGGAUGGUCCCUACUUCCUACUUCCGGCUUCAUUCGCUUCUACUCAUCGAUAACAUCGCACUUUUCAGCUUCAUUCCUUCGACUUCCUUUCCUAGGUCUUAUGAUCAAACCCAUUGGACAUUCGAAUGGUGCAGUGGACUGGAAUAGUCUGAUGAUGGCUUACAAGAAUUGGGAUGAGGAACAACGGCAUUUCAUGAAUUUUGUUCAUGUACAUUUCUCUGCAAAUUUUAUUUCCUGGGUGCAAAACCAGUGCAAGCGAUGACUUACAGUUGAUCUCUGAACUUGAAGUAAGUUCAUGGGGGAAAUGGUCUAUUCGCUGAUGCUCUAUAGUCUUAGAACCUUUCUUGUUCUUCGUCACUACCUGUGGCACUUACAUUUAGUGAAUAAAUGCCGAGAAUUAGAAGAUUUGGAGCAAAGAGGAGCAUACUUUUGCUACUGUAAUUAGCUAUUCAAGAUUUCAAGAUCAGAGUUUCUUUGAUAUCAAGGCACUUCUCUUGGGCUUCUCGGAAAAAAGUAAAAGGUGUAUAAAUGGGACACAGAGUAAAGAAGAAUGGUGAGGAUAAGAGAUUUAAUGUGAAAUGGACCGAACGUUGGGAUGAUGUUUUUGUUGAGGCUCUUGUGCAUCAGCAAACCAUGGGGAACAGGGUUGAUAAGGUUUUCACCACUGCAGCUUAUAAUAACAUUUUGAAAGAAAUGCGUGAUAAACUUGGAGAGCCAUUUCAGAAAGAUCACUUGAAAAAUCGUAUGAAAACUCUUAAGCAUCAUUUUAAAGAGUGUCAUAAUCUUUUUAGUGGUAUUAAUGAUUUUACAUGGAGUCCGGAGACAAAGCUCUGGACUGCAGAGCCUGAAGUGUGGAAAGACCUGAUCAAGGCAAGACCUGAUGCGAGAAAAUGGAUGUCAACACCAGUUGGCAACUAUGAUAAAUUACUGAUGCUAUUUGCAAAUGAAGCGGGUGACAGCUUUGCAAUGGCCAAAGAGGACGGAAACCAUCUAGUUAAUUUGAACAUUGGUAGCGAUUUGAACGGUGAUCUUGGGGCCUCUCAAAAUGAGGUAGCAUUUACUUUAGAGGACUUAAAUGGUGGAAAUGGUGGAAAUUAUGUGCUGCCAAUUUCAGCAGAAGCCAAUUCGCAAAUCGAUUCUCAAGCACCUUCUCUGUCUGCAACAUCAUUGAAAGGCAAGAAGAGAAAGGCCUCAAGGAAUUUGGACUUUGAGAGAGAGUUUGCUAGUGUUAGGGAAGCAAUUAAAGAUGUUGCGGCGGCAAUCAGGGAGGGAAAUGCCAUUGCAGAGAGGAGUCGAGCUCGUGUUUAUUCAGAGGAAGAAGUUUUCAAAGAACUAGUAAGCAUCGGUGUUGAUUUACAGUUACGGUUUAGGGCCUACACCUUCCUAAUUGCAAAUGCUGCAAGGGUGAGAGCCUUCUUUGGAUGCCCAGUUGAUGAACGCAAGGACUUUCUGCUUCAGAUGAUGUAUAGUCCUCAAGACUGUUGAGUGUUGAGGUAUAAGUUAAGUCUAGGCUUGAAAAGUGAUGUUAAUUUAACAUACCAUUGUUGCGACUAGAAUAAAAACAAAUAAUUUAGUGUUACAGACAUUUAUAGUUUUUCAGACCGCUCGGAUGUUUUGAUUGAUUAUCAAGAAGAUAGAAUCAUAUUUUCUAGUUGAUUGUACUUUAAACACAAGAAGAUAGAAUCAUAUUCUCUAGUUUAUUGUACUUUAAACACUUGUUCAUUCUGAAUCUGAAACUCUGGGCUGUAUUUUUUUCUU